AUGUCGUACUACUUUGUCAUCAUAUCUCCUCGCGAUUCGCCGCUGUACGAGGUGCACCUAUCCUCCAAGCCAAGCGGUGGAGGAAGCGCAGGACUGAGCGCAGGCCUCGGAGGAUUCGGAGGCGGUUUGUUUGGUGGAGCGAGCUCGAGCGCGCAAAGCACCGCAGCAGCAGCAGCAGCAGCAGCGAAUCCGAGUGGCGCCGCCGCCGCCGCCGCCGCCGCCGCCGCCACGCCGCGCGCCGGCACAGGACUGACGAGCUACACGUGGCGCUCGACGCUUCAAAUGAUCGCUCACUCCUCUCUCGAUUCCAUAUACGACAAGUCCCUUCGCACCUCUCAAAUGUACCUCCGCACCAUCGAUCGAACGCAGCAACAAUUCGUCUCUUGCUUUCUGCUGCCCAAUCGCUACUUUUUCGUCAUUCUUCACGAACACAAGCACGAAGAGGGCAUCAGGAACUUUUUCUUGGACGCGUGGGAACUGCUCCUCAAGACGUUUAUCAAUCCGCUUCACGAUCCCCUCAACCCCAUCAGGAGUCCGGCUUUCGAUACGAGGAUCAGAGCUAGCGCUAGGAGGCAUCUCUAG